UUCACAACGGGAAGCCUCCCGACGCUCCUCUUGCGCGACUCCGCUGGGCAGCUUGGCGCGUGGGACCAAUGCGGCGGCAUAGCGUACACCGGGUCGACAAAGUGUCCCAAGGACUAUGUGUGCUCGGCGCGUCAGCCCGGUUUCUCCCAGUGCGUGCCCGGAUGGAUCCCCCUCUGGUACUCCGCCUGGCGCACGGGCGACUGCGGCGGCGCAAAGUACGCUGGUCCCACGAAGUGCCCCAACGACUACGCAUGCAAGUACCGCAGCGUCACGCUCAGCCAGUGCAUCCCC